AUGAAAGAGCUGUGCUCUCUUGAUACUAGUCUAAGGGACAUCAUACUGGCUGUUCCGAUGGAGGAUUACCAAUCUGCAUGCUCAAUAACAGAGUCUUCAGGUCUACAACGCAGCAGGGGCCGUAACCCUAUACAGCUUUUGGUUUUGAAGGGAGAUAUUACUAAAGAACAGGCGGAUGUCAUUGUGAACACCACAAGCAAAUGCUUGGAUCUUUCCAGUGGUACUGUUUCUAAUUCAUUGUCUCAAAGGGCAGGGCCAAAGUUACAAAAGGAAUGCAGGAAAAAAUAUGCGAAUGGCAUCAAGUUUGGUGAAUUAGCAGUCACUGAUGGGCACCAGCUCCUUUGCAGAAAAGUGUUCCAUGGAGCAUUUGAUGUUUGGCCCUCACUUGAUAAGAACCAAACAAAGAAAACAGAGAUGGUAGGGAAGUUCGUGACAAAAUGCCUGGAGCGAGCUAAUGAAUUAGGCAUGAAUUCUAUAUCAUUUCCUGCCAUUGGGACCGGUAACUUAAAUUACCCUUCAUCUGUGGUGGCCAAGGAGAUGCUCCAAAAAAUUAAAUGCUUCAUGGUGGAGUCUAACCCAAGUCAUUUGAAGAAAAUCAGCAUUGUCGUCUAUCCAAGGGACACACAGACCUUUGCAAAUUUCACAGAAGAAGAAAAGUCAAUUAUGGUUGGUGAAUCUUCUGUUGACCCUUGGCCAAAGACUCAGCCAGUCAACAUCAGAGAACAAACUACACCUCAGCAUAGAGUGUACUUUAGAGUUACAUGCAGUGCUGCCGAUAAGAUGAUUCUGGUUUCAAAAAUUGAUAAUAUUCUGAGAGAUGAUGUACGUAAACCUGACCACGACAAAGUGGAUAAUGGCACUGGAGAUCUGGAACCUGUCCAGAAAACUAGACCUGAAACCAGAAGGUCUGGACGUGGUGAGAUUUCUCUUCAAGAUGAGCAAGAAGACAUUGCUGAAGCUAUGGAUAUGACACUGAAGGCUAGCAGAAGUGAUUCAGGAGUCACACAUUAUAUAAAGCCGACCUCAGUGAUGGAAAGUUGUGUUGUCAUCCAAUCGCAACACACUAGGACCGAUGUGAGGAAUUGGCUUGAACGUGACUUAGGGGUUAGACCAUUUGGAAUAGCAUGGCCAUAUAGAAACAAAGUCAAUGAAGUGCUUGUCACCUGUAAAAGUAAAACAGAUGCGGAAAAAGUCCUGAGAGAAAAGAAUGCUGAUUUCCAGACAGCAACUAUGGAACAACAGGGUUUAUUCAACGUUCAUGCAUUUAUGGACCCCAAAUUUUUACCCUACAAAUGUGAGAUACAAGAGAACAGUGGAGCCACAGUGGAAGUAGAUAUGUCUGGUAUGUGUCAGCUGGUUGGAAAUUUCCCUCAGAUUGAAGCUGCCAAUGAGUUUAUCAACUCCAUGGACAUGAGACAAAAGAAAGGUUCUGUAAAAAUCAACCUCCCUUCAGAAGAGGGUUAUGUUGAUGGAAUCAACGUGGAUGUUUACAAUGCAUUCUCAGUUUUCUUGCAGACAAAUCCAAGUUACAAACAUUACCAGAAGGGUUUGAAGAGUAUGCGUUACUCUGAAGUUGACACAACAUUAUAUUUCUCUGGAAGCAAAGAGUUUUGCUUGGAUUUCAAAAAGAAACUUACCCAAAUGAAAUGUGAUACAGUCUGUGUCCAAAUUGAUGUGGAGGGCCGACAUUUCAAAAUGGGAAGUGUGAAGGAGAUCCUCAGAACUCUUUCAGAUAGUCAGUAUGAUGUAUAUAUCAGCAUACCACAGGAAGAGACCAUGAAAGUGAUCAAUCUUAUUGGGCUUGAUCGGAACAAGGUUCAGACAAUGAAAUACAAGGUCUUGGAGUCCAUAGGCAUGGCAAACAGUAGACGAACCAGGAAUUUUGAUUGUGGGUUUUCAUCUUUCCGCACAAAAGAACCCAUACUAGUACUACCACCCCCACCAAGUGCCAGGCUUUAUCAUUUAGGGGACAAUAUGGAGGUUCUGGUAUACAGUGGAGACAUCCUGGGUCUGAAAGUUGAUGGUAUCGUGAACGCUGCAAAUGAGCAUUUGGAUCAUGGUGGAGGAGUUGCAAACGCAAUAUCCAACGCUGCAAACAUUCAGCGUGAAUCGACAGAAUAUGUACGAAAAAAUGGGAAAGUUAAAGUAGGAACAUCUUGUCACACCUCAGCAGGUAACCUGAAACAUUACAAGUAUAUCAUUCAUGCUGUGGGACCACACUGGGAUUCAAAAAAGCAGUCUGAAUGUGAACAAAAACUCCAGGAUGCUGUAAUGUCAAGUAUACUGGAAGCUGAUGUCUUGGAGUUAGAAUCCGUUGCGAUCCCAGCUAUCAGUGCAGGAAUAUUUUCGAUGCCACCUGCAUUAUGUGUGGUGCAAUAUCGCUUGGGGUUGAAAAGGGCCUGGUCAAAAUUACAACAGAAAACUCAACAUUUUGUGAAAGAAGUUCACUUUGUUGAUAAGAAUGCUGUGAUUGUGCAAGAAAUUGAGAAUGAAUUUGAUAGUUUACUUGAAAGUGCAAACCUCAAUCCUCAGCAAUUGACUGGCCAUCAACCAAACCUACCUACACGGCAAAUCAGUGGACAUAAUGUUCCUUCAACACCUUUUAUAGAUGAAGGAAAUGAUGACUUUACCACAAAGGGAGCAAGACCAAAGGCCAAACCUUUAUACCCUUAUAGGGAAUUCAGCAACAGGCGUGGUAUAGAUGAGGAAACAUUCCAUUUAACAUCUGAAACAAGAGUACAUGUGUAUACAUGCGACAUAUUGGCAACAAGGGUUGAUGCAAUUGUUUGUGGUCAAGACAAACAAUUACACAGCAAUAGCAGAAUAGCUACACGAAUCAAGGAAGGAGAGCUUUCUGGAGUAAAGUUUUCCAUGGAAAUGAGUAAAAUUAAAAAGAAUUACAAGAAGAAAUAUGGAGAAAUGUUUCAUGUACCAAUCACUGGUUUUGAUGCUGGUAUUCUGCUUAUGGUGAUUUGUCCCAGUUUGUCUACUGAUUCACUUAGCAAAUGCAAGAAAGAAAUCCAUUCAUGUGCACUGAACGUAUUUACGAAAGCAACUGAACUGGGCCUGCGCUCGAUCGCCCUUCCUGUGCUUGGAACAGGAAGUGACAUCAACAAGGCUAGAAAUAUUGCCAAAGUUAUUAUGGAGUCCAUUUUGAAGUUUGCCCAGACUUCACAACCAACCAACAGUCUUAAAGAUAUACACUUUGUGAAUCAUGAUCCAAACGUCACAAAAGCUAUAGUAGAAAUGUUUGAGGGUCAUGUGAAAGCUGGGAAAGCAUGCAUCCAAACCUCAUUUAAGCCCAAAGUUUUCCCAGGCAGUGCUCAACGUCUAGUCCAGUCAUUACAUCAGUUGAAACAGGACUGUUUGGAUGAUUAUCACCGAUCUGCAUGGAAAUCAGAUGACCACCAUCAAUUUGAGCGGACACCAAGCUUUGUUCACCAGAAUGAGCAGCAAACACACUUGGAAGAGAGUGACAUGUUCAAGAUGACUGAUGACAAAAGUCAGUCUGACGCGGAUAUAAUCAAAGAGAAACCAAGGAUAUAUGAAGAUUGUGUGAUAUGCAUGGACACUGUCACAAGUGACAAUGUGAAAACUCUUCCAAAAUGUAACCAUUCUUUUCACCCAGAGUGUAUUGAUGCCCAAUUUACACAUAAACCAGUCUGUCCUACUUGUGGUGCCAUAUAUGGGGUCAUUAUUGGAAAUCAACCUCGCAAUGGGAAAAUGAACACGGAGGUUAGAAAAGGCUCUUUGCCUGGGUUUGAAGGUGACAAGCAAUUUAUUUACAUCUUAUACAGCUUUCCUGAUGGUAUACAAGAGAAUGACCACCCAAAUCCAGGCGUUCGUUAUAAAGGUACUAGCAGGGGAGCUUACCUUCCUGACAACCCUAAAGGAAGAGCAGUGCUUGCGAUGUUGAAAAUCGCCUUCAAGAGACGACUGACCUUCACGAUAGGGCACUCAAGGACAACUGGGGAAGAAAAUGUAGUCACAUGGAAUGACAUCCAUCACAAAACAAAUAAAACCGGUGGCCAACAACAAUAUGGCUACCCAGAUCCAGAGUACCUUGAACGGGUGUCAGAAGAGUUAGCUGUGAAAGGCGUGACAGAAGCAGACAUACAAAAGGAACAGUAAGCAAGGACAAUGUGAUAUCAACUUUAUUUAUUUUGUAAUAAUUGCAAAACAAACUUAUAGCUUAUAUUAAUCACUGUUGGCCUGAAUGGAAGCAUAUGAGGAAUCUUAUUGUGAGAGGGAAGCAGAGUAUCUGUGGAAAACGCUUCACAAGUGCCACCAGUGGGAUUAAGCUGAUACAUACAUACUGUACCUAAAAUGGGGAUGAUCUUGACAAAGUGUGGUUAUUUUUGGAGACAGCCAGAAAACUUACUUUAAACUACCUGUCCAGUUCCACAGUAAUAUGGUUGCACAAUCAUGGUUUUCAAGAACAGUCAGACCAAUUUUUAAGUCCGAAGUUUCCUCAAUGGGAUUUAAAUCAAACUGGUCUGACUGAGUGCUAUUAUUUUUCUGGGUCUGUCAGAAAUUCAGUAGGGUCAUCAUGGCCACCAUCUCGUAAAAGGCUUUUUAAAAUAUAUCAAGUUCCUUUGGUGCCAUUGAGCUAAAAUUUUGUGGGAAGGUUACAAAGAUGAAAUUAAGAAUGUGCUAUUGUUUUGCAACGUUAACUACUAAAAUUCAGGUUUUGUUUUUAAUCAUUUAAUAAUUCUUUCCACUAGCACUGCUGCUAUUAUUAGUUAUUUAUGGAUCUUAUUUGACAAAUGGUCAUUAGGGCCACAGGCCUUUCAUUUGUAUAUAUACAAUGUAGUAUAUAUAUAUACAAUGUAGUACAUUUUCAUAGACACCCAGCUAUGUAAUAGCUCGUACUU